UGCGCAGCGUGUCCCCGCCCCCUCUCCCGGCAGCGGUGGCGGAGGAGGCUGAGUGCAGGCAGCGCUGCCCGGCUGUGGCUGGCUCGGUGUCCGGGGCUGUCGGUGCGGAGUUUGGCGGCAGGGCGUGGGCUUCUUCCCAUGCGGCGGAAACAGAAGCGGCUUCUGCAGGCGGUGGGGCUGGGGCUGGCAGCCCUGCUCUUCCUGCCCAACGUGGGUCUGUGGUCCCUGUACCGGGAGAGGCAGCUGGAGGGCGCGGGGAGCGGCGGCAACGGGGACGGUGGAGCUGGACAGGUUGCUCUGGUAAGACAUAAGGAUGAAUACGUCAAUGACAAAGGGCCGGGAAAAAAGGACUGGCACGACUAUGAUUACAUGAGACAAGACCACGAUAGACUAGGAAAUGGUGAGCAAGGAAAACCUUUCCCGAUGACUGAUGCAGAUCGUGUGGAACAAGCGUACCGUGAGAAUGGAUUUAAUAUAUUUGUCAGUGAUAAAAUCUCCCUUAACAGAUCUCUUCCAGACAUCCGACACCCAAACUGCAAGAAGAAGCUCUAUUCAGCAAAGCUGCCAAACACCAGCGUGAUCAUCCCCUUCCACAACGAGGGCUGGUCUUCCCUCCUACGUACUGUGCACAGCGUGCUCAACCGCUCUCCCCCGGAGCUCAUCGCGGAGAUUGUGCUUGUUGAUGACUUCAGUGACAAAGAACAUCUGAAAAAACGUCUGGAAAAAUAUAUGGUGAAUUUUCCUAAAGUUAGAAUUGUCCGUACCAAGAAGAGGGAAGGUCUCAUUCGCACUCGUAUGUUGGGAGCCUCUGUGGCCAUUGGAGAAGUCAUCACUUUCCUAGACUCUCACUGCGAGGCCAAUGUGAACUGGCUUCCUCCGCUGCUGGACCGUAUAGCCCAGAACCGCAAGACAAUCGUGUGCCCGAUGAUUGAUGUCGUCGAUCACGACCAUUUUGGAUACGAAACACAAGCUGGAGACGCCAUGCGCGGGGCCUUCGACUGGGAGAUGUUUUACAAACGCAUCCCCAUUCCUACAGAGAUUCAGAACGCUGAUCCCAGCGAGCCUUUUGAGUCUCCCGUCAUGGCCGGUGGAUUAUUUGCUGUGGAGAAAAAAUGGUUUUGGGAGCUUGGAGGAUACGACCCGGGGUUGGAGAUAUGGGGGGGAGAGCAGUAUGAAAUUUCUUUUAAGGUUUGGAUGUGUGGAGGUCGCAUGGAGGAUGCACCGUGCUCCAGAGUCGGACAUAUAUACCGAAAAUAUGUGCCAUACAAGGUUCCCGCUGGUGUCAGCUUAGCCAGGAAUUUAAAGAGAGUUGCUGAAGUCUGGAUGGAUGAAUAUGCGGAGUACAUCUACCAGAGGCGUCCAGACUACCGGCAUCUUUCUCCAGGCGAUGUGGCAUCUCAGAAGGAGCUGCGUGCCAAGCUGAAUUGUCAGAAUUUCAAGUGGUUCAUGACCAAGGUGGCCUGGGACUUGCCCAAAUUCUACCCUCCUGUGGAGCCUCCUGCAGCUGCCUGGGGAGAGAUUCAAAACAAGAAGAUCGGCCUGUGUGUAGACACUAAGCACGGGUCUAUGGGGUCUGAGCUGCGUCUGGACACCUGCACCAAGGGACGAAAGGCUGAUGCAUGGAGCAGUCAGCAGGUGUUCACCUUGGGCUGGAGGGAGGACAUUCGCCCCGGAGACCCCCUGCAUACAAAAAAGGUUUGCUUUGAUGCUAUAUCUCACACGAGUCCCAUCACACUCUUUGAUUGCCAUGGGAUGAAGGGGAACCAGCUGUGGAAGUAUAGAAAGGACAAGUCCAUCUAUCACCCCAUCUCAAACAGCUGUAUGGAAGGCAGCGAGUCCGACCGCAAAAUCUUCAUGAAUCUCUGCAAUCCCAGCUCCCCGACACAGCAAUGGACUUUUGAAAACACCAACCUCACAGUCUUAGAGACCUUCAACCGAGACCGAGGCUUAUAACAGCGGAGGAGAAGAAAGGAUUAUACAUAUAUAAAUAGGAAUAUAUAUAUAUUUUAAAUCUAUAUUUUUUACUGUCGGGUCAGAUAACAUUUUCCUUUCGGAAGGAAGAUGUAUUUUUUAUUGUUUUCUGUUUUUAUUUUUUCCAUUUCUGUGUGGGGAAAGAAAAAAAUCUAUGAUGGGAGACGAUGAAUGUGUAAAUGGGAGCCGAGUUAUUUCUCAAUGAUGCUGUCAAUAAAUUUUGGGGAAAAACUGGUCAAAACGAAGGCAAAAAAUCCUAACAUGCUGUGAGUUGUAGUUUUGCAACAACUGGAGACCCACAGGUUGGAGACCACAGCACUAGAUUUUAGAAGUCUUUCCCAUAUGUUGUCCAUAGCAACCAAUCAGAUUCCAGCUUUCACAUCCAGUUUACAGGAAUAAACAAGUAAUUUGAUUGGUCGCUAUAGAUGACAUCAUCAUUUUUUCCCCCGCAUUGGUUUAUAUACAGGAUCUGAUAUAGCAGAUGCUGUGGUAAAGUAAUAGCCGCCGGUUCAUUUGCUUUAUUGCUUUAGGUUACAGCGGGUUCUGGCAACCUGCAGCUUUGUCGGCAGCUGGGAAGUCGCACCGCUCUGCAGGCAUGCUGGUUGUUGUAGUUCUACAACAGUUGUCUACUUAGUGUUUGUGGAUGCCUUAGUUUUACAGAUUUUUGGGCUGCAAAUAAUGGGCAAAAUGGCUGCUAGAACAGAUCAUCUCUUGUAUAGCACACAACCUUGGGAUUGGACCUCAGCUUGAGUGUUUUUUUUUUAACAAAUAUUAUGCCCAGCCCUUUUGCAGGACAGCUCUCUGAUGGGACGUUCCUGCCAACAGUAUCGUAGAUCUGAGCUUUUAACUUAAAGGACAACUGUAGUGGUACCGUUUUACAUAUGCCCGUGCCCGG